GAAUCCAAACAGGGCCUGAGAGAGAAGGGAGAGGGGAGUAAAAAGGAAAAUCCCCCGCCCCGUCCUGCCGUAAAGCCCACACGUCGUCGCAUUGACUUCGCCCUCUCCCUCACCCAUCUGCCUCGCGGAGCUCGCACGCCCACCCACGCGAGGAGCUCCGUCCCUCCACCCGCUGCGCCUCGACCCCGGCCGGCGGCGGCUCUCGCCUCAUGUUGAACCACCCCCGCUCCCGGCCCGACUCCCCAUCCCCGUUCCUCCACGGCCUGCCGCAGCCGCCCCACGCCGCCGCCGGGACGGGGGAGCUCCCGCGGAUGGACCCGCCGUCGUCGUCGGGCAGGGGGCCGGCCACGCCGCGGCGGCAGCUGCAGGGCCCGCGCCCGCCCAGGCUCAACGUUAGGAUGGAGUCGCACGCCAUCCGGAAGCCCUCCUCGGCGUCGGGGGCCCUGGCUCCCGCCGCGCCGGCGCAGGGGGCGCCGCCGAGGCGGGACGACCACCAGCAGCAGCAGCAGCAGCAGGCCCCGCCUCCGCGGGCGCCCGUCAUCAUCUACGACGCGUCGCCCAAGGUCAUCCACGCCAAGCCCAGCGAGUUCAUGGCCAUCGUGCAGUCCCUCACGGGCCCUGGAUCCGGCGCGCCGCCGCGGCGGCAGGAGCGCCACCGCCAGGCGGACGACGGCGGCGGCGAAGACGGCGACGACGACGUGCUGCUGCUGGACCAGGCGGCGACGGCGUUCCUGCCCCCCGAGCUGCUGCUCUCGCCGUCCGCCGCCAUGUCCCCGGCCGCGCGCCUCGCCACCAUCGAGCGCUCCGUGCGCCCGGCCCCCGACUACGACGUGGGCGUCCUCUCGGGCGGCGGGGGCGGAGACGACGGCACCCUCGCGGCCGUGCUCGGCCCCGUGCGCCACCCCAGCAUCCUCUCCCCGCUGCCGUCCGCGCUCCCGCCCGCCGCCGCGUCGGGGCUCUUCUCGCCGCUGCCCUUCGACCCCAGCGGCAUCAGCUGGCUCAACGAGCUCAGCCCGAUCCUCCGGGCCGCCUCCUCCGCCGGCCCCGGCGCCUCCUCGUCCUCCUUCGCGGCCGUCGCCGCCGCCAGCAACGGCGGAUCCCGGCCCCAGCCGCCGUCCUACUACUCCGACCCCUUCGUUCCCAGCCCCCGCAACCUCCUCGCCACGCCCACCGUGCCGUCGCCCACCGCCGUCGCCGAGUUCUUCGGCAGCUUGCCGGAUCUCUAGCUCGCCGUCGCCGUCGCUGCCGCCGCCGCCGCGUCCGUCCAAGACGGAUGCAGUGCAGCAGCAGCAGCAGCAGCGGCCGAAACUUUAGCUACAUUUUUCUACUCCUUUUCCCUGUAACACCAAGGGAAAAAAAAUCUUCUUUCUGGCGGGUAGGGCAAGUUGGUGGGCCCGGCACCGAUGCCAAUUUGAUUAGUGCAGUAUUGCAGUGGAGAAAAGGGGUGGGAACAGAAUUCCGAAAGAAUGGCAAAAGAUAGUUCAGAGUAGCAGCAGCUGGUGUGUAGAAGCAGCCGGCCGGCACAGCACUAGGAACUUUUGUUUAUUUCUUCUUCCUCUUGGAUUUACUAGGCUUGCUACACACCUUGUGUAGGCCAAAGGAGAUGACUGUUUGUUUAAUGGAGGAUUGGUUAAUUCUUUUCUUAGCUUGGUGAUGUGCUCA